CCCGGCACCUUUCAGCGUGGAUUAGGACGUGGCCUGGGACAGCCUCCCGUCGCUGACGUCCGAGAGCGAGGAGCGGAAGUGUCCGUGGAAAGCGGAGAAAUGAGAGGAGUAUCGAAGAGGAGACAGAACCUGCCGUCGCCAGGGCAAAUCCCGAAAACUACAGAGCAGAAAACCAAUACACCACGAGGUUGUUCUACAGAAACCAAUGCAGAUUCAUUUUCAUUCUUGAGAAUCUGUUCUCGCCUUACCUCAGUUUUAAAGUACCUUCUUCUAAUUGUCGUGAUUCCACCAUUCCUAAAUUAUGCAUCUCUCCAGAGAGAAGGAGCAUUGCUUCAGCCUCAAGAAGGUCAGCUGAUUGACAUUGGACAGGGUCAAAAAUUAUAUUUGUCCUGCACUGGGAAAGGACAACCUGUUGUAAUAUUUGAUGCUCCCACUGGUAUGUCUUCUGAUGUAUGGCUCUCGAUUCAAAAGGACGUGUCCCUCAUAACCCAGGCUUGUAUAUAUGAUAGAGCUGGGCUUGGCUUCAGUAAGAAAACAUUCCAGUCUGAAGAAACUAGACAGGAUAAACCUUGGACUCAGUCAACAACUGGAAGAAUGGUAGAUGAUCUGCACGGACUUAUUAAGGAAGCUAAGCUGCAGAGCCCCUUUGUACUCGUGGGAUCAGAGCUUGGGGCACUCAAUGCAAGAUUUUAUGCCCACAUUCACAACUGGGAGGUGUCUGAUCUUGUCCUCAUCAAUCCAAUCCCUGAAGAACUAUUCAUGGAAGACGUAUGGUUGCAGUACUGGUACAAAGAACUGAUCUCGUAUCAUCAGAUUCUACAGUUCUCUGCUGCUAUAGGUUUAAAUCGAAUGCUUUUAAUCACAGGGCUGCUGCAACCAGCAAUUACAGGGGAAAAUAUCUCUUCGGAGUUUGUGAUGAGACAGAAAUACUUGCUGAGCAAUCCAGCCCAUCUGAGUACAGCUGUAGAUGAAUACUUCUUUAUCAAUGAGAGCAUCUCCCAAGUCAGAGACAUUUCACAGUUUAAACCUCUGUCCAGUGCAACUUCUGUAACGAUGAUCACAGGAGAACUUUAUGAUGAACUGCUUCCUGAUUCUCUGAACAAGGUCAUGUUCCAGUUUCAGCAACGAUUCAGUGCACAGAAUUAUCCCUUGGUCAAAUGGAUCAAAAUUAAAGAGGCAGACAGACGGAUGAUCUACAAAAAUCCCACUGAUGUCGUCAGACAGCUUAAAAAAAUUAUAAAUAAAAAGAGAGUCAAGCAGGAGAGUCGGUAACUUCGCCUCAGUAUUAGGCCAUGUCCAUUGGUUUCUCCAGCAUCUGAAGAAGAAUAUCAUAAUUAAGGAUCUGUAAAUGUUGCCGCAUGUUGAUGAAGAUGGCAUUUUCAAGCAUGUAAGUGUGUAGAGACACUGGAUAAGGUAAACAAGAAUGGGUAGCUCGGCUGGUUGAUGGUUGGGUUUCCAAUCUUGGCAAUUUACAAAUGUAUUUGCAAACAUUCCAUCACCAUAUGAGGAGACAUCGUGAGUACGCUGUUAAUUGUGAUGUGUUGGCCUUUAUGUACUUACCAAUCAGCUGACUGGUCAGCUUUAUGGAAACUCAAUUGUGAUGUAGGGAGGAAGUCUCAUUGCUGAAUGGUUACGUGGCAAACUUUGUGCAUUAUAGUCUGGAAUUUUGUCUAUAUUGGCUCAUAAAUAGGAUUGAGAUCUACAUGUCUGUUGACAGAAUUGUUUGUGGAAAACCAUGCUUCUGGGAGUUCUAAGCAACACACAAGGGUCUCGGCCUGAAACAUCAAGUGUUCACUCCUUUCCAUAGGUACUACCUGGCCUACUGAGUUCCUUCAGCAUUUUGUGUGUGUUGCUUUGGAUUUCCAGCAUCUGCAGAGUUUAAAAACGUAAACACGAGGAAUUCUGCAGAUGCUGGAAAUUCAAGCAACACACAUCGAAGUUGCUGGUGAACGCAGCAGGCCAGGCAGCAUCUCUAGGAAGAGGUACAGUUGACAUUUCGGGCCGAGACCCUUCGUCAGGACUAACUGAAGGAAGAGCUAGCUCUUUGCAGCCAAUUGAUAUUCAUGGAUCCUUGUGGAUAGCUUUCUCCCAGUUGGGCUGAUGUAAUAUUUGCUGCAGUCCCUGCACUGGAUUUUAUAGUCCACAUUGGUCUUGUUCAAUAGCUUUGCUCGGUAAAGAUCCAGUCAGCAGAUUGGUAAGUAUAUAAAGGCCGAGCAUUCAGAGAACACAUCGCAAUUAACAGCGCACUGAUGAUGUCUCCUUGUACAGUGAUGAAACAUUUGCAAGUAAAUUGCCAAGAUCAGAGGACAACUCAACACAACUAACAGAAGAUUUUGCCUCCUGAAACAUUGUGUGAAAGUCUUUGAGAAAUGCAAUACAGGCAAAUGAAAGAACUGCUGUAACUGAUUAGCAGUUUCCCUUAAGUUUAAAGUGGCAUUCUGUUUUGUUUAAUAUGUAUAAGGUUUAGAUUUGCAACUUUUCAUAUGCAUUACACACAUUCUGUUACCACAAAAAGGAAAAAAUAAAUGAUUAAUGUGUUUUGCGUUAAUUUGUUACCUGUCUGCAGGAAUGAUGGGUUGGCUUCUUUGUUCCUGUCACCCAGGUCUAACGAUAAGAUUGGUCACUGUAGAAAGUUUCCUAGCUUUCUUGGCAUUUUCUGAACUAAUCAGACCAUUAUAAUUUAUACAAAAAUAGUUGUCUAUCUUAGUAGUUGUGACAGCUUAGUUCCCUGGCCAAGAGCUAUGUUUCCGAGGAUACAGUGAUUUUGAUGUGACUAAUACUGAUAUCGAGGUAAUCGUGUUUCUGAACCAAAUGGACAACCGUCUUUUGGGUAGCCUUGCCUUGGAGUAUGGGUGGUCAAUCAUUUGCAAUAAAGAAAUAUUGGAGAGAGUUCAUUGUCUCAAGACAGU